GUGCCAGCACCGGGCCCAGGGUCUUUGCUCUGGUGUCUUUGUUCAGCAUGCUUCGCCCACAUGUCUGUCGGGCUUAGCCCCCAGCCCCACCUCUGCUCAGGUGUCACCUGCUUGGUGGGGUGGCCUUGGUUCACCUGGGGCCCCGGGAGCCCUGUCCCCUCCUGCGGUCUUUCUCCUUGGCCGCUGUGCCGUCUCACCUGCUCCCUUUGCCGCUUUGUUUCUCACCACUGGGAUUACACGCUGUGUGGAGGGAAGAGGAGAAAUGACUCUUCAACGAACGAACGAACCUUGCCCUGUUAUGUUGGCAAUGCUGUCCAGAGAAGUAAGAAUUGAAGCAGCAGGAAAUGUGACGCUGAGAAUGACGGCGACAAGUGUUCGUGUCCCGGAAACACGACCUGACUGCAGGAGGACGCAGUGGCCGAGGUGCCCUACGAGACCCUGAACAAGCGCUUCCGCGCCGCGCAGAAGAACAUCGACCGAGAGACGAGCCACGUCACCAUGGUGGUGGCUGAGCUGGAGAAGACCCUGAGCAGCUGUCCGGCCGUGGACUCCGUGGUCAGCCUCCUGGACGGCGUGGUGGAGAAGCUCAGCGUCCUCAAGAGGAAGGCAGUGGAGUCCAUCCAGGCGGAGGACGAGAGCGCCAAGCUGUGCAAGCGCAGGAUCGAGCACCUCAAGGAGCACAGCAGCGACCAGCCCGCGGCGGCCGGGCUGUGGAAGCGGAAGCGCAUGGACCGCAUGAUGGUGGAGCACCUGCUGCGCUGCGGCUACUACAACACCGCCGUGAAGCUGGCGCGCCAGAGCGGCAUCGAGGACCUGGUGAACAUCGAGAUGUUCCUGACGGCCAAGGAGGUGGAGGAGUCCUUGGAGAGGCGAGAGACCGCCACCUGCCUGGCUUGGUGCCACGACAACAAGUCCCGGCUGCGCAAGAUGAAGGGCCGCCAAAGCGAGCACGAUGCGAAGACGGGACGGAAAAGUAGAGUGGCCAGUGGCUCCCCUAAAGAGAGUGAGGAUCUUGGUAUGGAAACCAUAAAAGGAAAGCCAGAAUUGAGCUGUCUGGAGUUCAGCCUGAGGAUCCAGGAGUUCAUUGAGCUCAUCCGGCAGAACAAGAGGCUGGACGCCGUCAGACACGCAAGAAAGCACUUCAGCCAGGCCGAAGGGAGCCAGCUGGAUGAGGUGCGCCAGGCCAUGGGCAUGCUGGCCUUCCCCCCCGACACGCACAUCUCCCCCUACAAGGACCUCCUGGACCCGGCCCGGUGGCGGAUGCUGAUCCAGCAGUUCCGCUACGACAACUACCGGCUGCAUCAGCUGGGAAACAACUCCGUGUUCACCCUCACCCUGCAGGCCGGCCUCUCGGCCAUAAAGACACCGCAGUGCUACAAGGAGGACGGCAGCUCGCGGAGCCCCGACUGUCCAGUGUGCAGCCGCUCGCUCAACAAGCUGGCGCAGCCGCUGCCCAUGGCGCACUGCGCCAACUCGCGCCUGGUCUGCAAGAUCUCGGGAGACGUCAUGAACGAGAACAACCCGCCCAUGAUGCUGCCCAACGGCUACGUCUACGGCUACAACUCCCUGCUCUCUAUCCGGCAGGAUGAUAAGGUCGUCUGCCCGAGAACCAAAGAAGUCUUCCACUUCUCCCAGGCCGAGAAAGUGUACAUCAUGUAGGCAGGGCGGCCGCGCCUGGGCGGCCCGCGGGCCCCUGCCUGCCUGUGUUUCUGUUUCUUGCGACCAAAGAUCCGUGAGCAACGACAGACACUCUUGGGAAGAGAGGAAGUAAGAUUUAACAAACUUGUACUUGAAUUUGUAACAAGUCAGCUGUUUGACGCUUCUGAAGCGCUUUCACCUUUCAGAGAAAUGUUUCCUUAAAGACUGACCACGCGGGGGGCGGGGGGGGGGGGGAAGCUAAGACAUUUCACAAUCGGAACCGAGUCCUUCCCCGUGUUCUCACAGUUCCCUCCCUUUUGCUAAUAACGAACCCCGGAGAAGGCGCUGGUCCUCGGCGGUGGCGUGGGAGCAGUGGCGGCCAUGGCUGACUGGCCUGCGGGGACUCUGGCGCAAGGGACCCUCUCACUCCUCUGUAGAGCUGCUGCCAAAACGCCAGGAUGGCCGCCUGCCCGCCACCGCGCCUCUGGGGCCGUGUUGGGAUGUGUGGGUUCAGGGUCACGUCACUCGUGCCGCCUUAUCUCCUGCCCGAGAAUGUACUACGUGGAAACCCACUGGACCAGCGUCUGCAAAGGCCUUGCCGAGGUUCCAUAACUUUAGCUCUAAAUCUCAUCACGGAAACCAGUAGUUCAGUUAAAGUAACCACCAAUGACUCUGCCAAUCAGACGAGCCAUUGUAGUUUACACAAAGCUGUAUCGUAGAGGUUGGUAUUCAGCGCUUAUUUUUGCAUGUUGAUGUUGAUUAGCUAAUAAACUGUAAAUGUAAGA